AUGGAAGAUUUGGAGACUAACUUUGUGCAGACGCGCAAAGCACGAGGCAUAGAGCAAAUGGUAGCAAAAUGGCUCCAUCGCUCUCGGAGUAGCGCUUCCAGGGGAAGAGCAUCUGUGACAGAUGUCUCCAGUGAUGGCAUUGGCCAGCCUGCUAGCCGUGUCAAACUCACUGUUACAAUAUACAAAGAUUUGGUCCACCAUCACUAUGGCUUUGAGAUUUCUCCAAACCUUCCUCUUACAAUUACAUCUGUCACUGCAGGAAGCACAGCUGAUGGAAAGUUGCUGCCGGGUGAUCAGAUCCUUCUGAUAAACACUACAGCUGUGGAAGAUAUUUCUAUUGAACAUGCAGCUGAUAUCAUCAGGGAGGCCGGAGAUGAGCUCCUCCUAACCGUUCUGCGCUGCACGUCGGGUGGGCCUAAGUCAUCAUUUCUCACUGCAGAGAAGAGGGCAAGGCUAAAAACAAAUCCUGUGAAAGUUCGGUUCGCAGAGGAGGUGCUGGUGAAUGGACACUCACAGGGGAAUUCUCUUCUUUGUAUGCCAAACGUUCUCAAGGUGUACUUGGAAAAUGGGCAGACGAAGGCUUUCAGGUUUGAGAGGAGCACUACUGUGAAGGACAUUGUUCUCACCUUGAAGGAGAAGCUCUCCAUCCAGAGCAUAGCACACUUUGCCCUAGCCUUGGAGGAGCAGUACAACAUUGCUAAGAUUUACCUGCUGCAUGACGAUGAGCUCAUCGAGCAGGUGGUCCAGAAAAGAGAACCCCAUGACUACCGGUGCCUCUUCAGAGUUUGCUUCAUCCCGAAGGAUCCCUUAGACCUCCUGCAGGAAGACCCAGUUGCCUUUGAGUAUCUCUAUCUGCAGAGCUGCAGUGAUGUGCUUCAAGAAAGGUUUGCUGUGGAAAUGAAAUGCAGCGUGGCAUUACGUCUGGCUGCUCUGCACAUACAGGAAAGGAUCUAUGCUUGUGCUCAACCACAGAAAGUGUCCUUGAAAUACAUUGAGAAGGACUGGGGAAUUGAAAAUUUCAUCUCACCAACUUUGCUCCGAAACAUGAGGGGCAAAGAUAUUAAGAAAGCUAUCAGCUACCACAUGAAGCGGAACCAGGUCCUGCUGGAUCCUCGGCAGAAGCAUAUGCUUGCAGCAGUCCAAGUGCGCCUGAGCUACCUACAGAUACUGGGAGACCUGAAGAUGUACAAUGGGAAGAUCUUUAAUGCCACCCUCAUGCUACAGGACAGAGAAUCAUACGUUGCCUUGCUGGUUGGGGCCAAGUAUGGGGUGAGCCAGAUUAUCAAUAAUAAGCUCAACAUCAUAACAAGUCUGGCAGAGUUUGCAAACAUCAGCAGGCUGGAGCUUAUGGAAGAGUCUGAGAAAGUGAGCAUGGUGAAAAUCUACUUACAGGAUCUUAAGCUGCUGACUCUGCUGUUGGAAUCAAACAGUGCAAAAGAUCUUGUCUGCCUCAUCAAUGGCUAUUAUAGGCUGUUUGUGGAUGCAAGUGUCUCCAUAUUUACUUGGGGGGAGAAAAAACAGCAACUGCACCGUAUCUCAGCUGAAGAAGGAUAUGAAUCUAGAACCUGCAGUGACUCUGAAGACUCCUGGGAGCUAGAUUCCUCCUCAGAGCAUUGCCUGGACACUCCUGCACCAUAUGGCAGUGCCCAUCCUGUGUGCGAGGAGAAGGAGCUGGAAGACCUCCACAGCCUGGAGCAGGACAGCAUAAAGUCCCAAGCUGGAGGGGGUGAACAAUGCAACAGGUCUGACAAUGCAACAGACAGCACAUCAGAAGCUUCAGAUUCAGCCAACACUGAGAGCCAAGGGUGUAAGACAAGUGGCUCAAGUGACUCUAUGGAUGCGCUGGAGGAAGACGAGUUGGAAGCUUGCUCUUCUUCUAGGCCAGAGUUUUUCCACUUCUGCAUGCCAACAGUGCAAGAGAUGAACAGCUCAGACAAGAGCUUCUUCCCCAUUGGUGCUGCAAGGGGCUCCAGCAGGACAGAAGCCAGAGAUUUCUUCUGUUUCUUGCAGGUACCACAAGCAGCAGAACCUGCAUCUCAACACAGUCACUCUGAUCAGAGAGAAGAGGACACGGGUGCAUCUGUGCUGGAGACCAAGCUGUCUGAGAGAAAUGCCAUGGGCUAUUACAGCCUUUGCUACAGCAUAUCCCCUGCUGGCAGUGUGGAGAGGAACAUCAAUCACAGCCCUGGAAAAAGUUCUUGGAAAGAUGUGUCUGCCCAGGAGGGUGUACCCCGCAGAUCAGACCAAAAGGUAGAGGUGAGCGAUCUCAUUCUGGACCCUCCCCCAGGCUUUGGAGACACCAGCUCUGAGGAUGAGUUCUACGACGCAGCAGACAGACUCAGCCCCCCGGAUGCUCUGGCAGCAGGCUGUAGCCUUACAUCAUCGGACAAUAUAGACAAUGCCUCCUGCAUCCUAAAGAAAUCAAGGUGUUACAGCUUGGGGGAAAAACUGGUGUCAAGGCAGACAGCAAGGGAGAAACACAGAAUGGAGAAAGAGCUGACUUACGCUAAGAGCCUGAGGAAGAGGAGAUCUUUCCUGAAAACUGAUUACACCUCCCAGGUCACUUUCCCAUUGGCUUUGCCAGGCUCUCGGCAGAGCUGCUGCAGUUGGUCCCCCUACCCAUCAUUCCUCACUCAGCCUCCAGAUGCACGUUCUUCAGAGAACAUCAAGACGGACACAGAAGUGGGAGCUGACACUGAUACAAAUGUCCAGAGAGACACUGGAAGCAAAAACCCAUCAGCUGACUUGAUGGAAAUGGAGCCUGACACCAUGGAAACAAAAUCAGUGACUGACUUGUUUUUUUCUUCCAUUUCAGCUGUUCACCUGCAAGGUGACCAGAAUGGGGAAGAGAGCUCAGACAUUGCUAUAUGUUUGGACAAUGGCCUCAGUCCUGCAAGUGCUGUACAUCCAGCUUUCCUGUUGUGGGAGGAAGCCGAACACCUUCCCAGGGAACAAAGCAGAGGCACCAAAAAAAAUUCCAGCAUUGAGUUAAAAACUGGGUGGCAAAGUGAGGACAGUUGUGUAAGCAGUAGGAACCAGCCUGCCCAAGCAGUGCUGGAGGGAGCAGCUGAGAUAAUGGAAGCCCAGUGCAAGGUCAACAAUGAGGUGAAAUUUCAGAGCCAAGACAUGAUCUGCCCUUCUAAUGAAUGUACAGUUUCUCCUUUAACCUGUGGCACCAGCAUGACAUCUCCCUGUGGUGCGGCCUUGGAGUUCGAUCUGCUCCCUACAGCUGGGAAAGAAGCAGCAUGUGAGGAGCUUGUCCUGGCUCUCUGUGAAGAAAAAAAAAGUGAUUUUGACAACUGUGCUGGAAAGCAGAGUGACAUUGGCUUGUCUCAGGUGAAAACCAGACAGGCAGUAAGAGAGGAGGCCUUUCAGAAAGUGCACAGUAAAAAUCAUGUGGGUUUUCCAAAUGUAACCCAGCUGUUAACAGAUUGCAGUGGCACUUCAGGGGUUAUAACUCACCUCUCCUGGCUCUCAUUUGGGGUCAGGACAGACCUCACAUCACCCAACCCAUCUACGGAGAGGUUGGACAACCCACUGGAGCUUUUGGACUCCCAAGAAACAGCUCACAUGACCAGUGGAUGCCUUGGGGCUGAUGCUGUCAGAAAGGAGACACAAACACCCUCAGCUUUACCAGCCUUUGAAAAAGAGUUGGUGAGCAACCAGGGGCCAGAUGAGGGGGAGCCCAGAAAAGAUACAGAAAAUGUAUAUUACAAACAGCCUCAACCUAGUGCGACUCUUCUUCCCAGAGAGGAAGCUACAGUGCUCGAGAAAGACUGUCCCCUAAUUCCAUCUCUGGGGCUCUCCUUUCCCUCAGGCCCAGUUCCUUUGGGCUCCCUGGGGAAAAGAACAGGACACUAUGGGGCUUCAAAUCAUUCCUUUCUUUGCUUUAACUACAAGAAGGAUGAGCAGACACGUCCUGGCCACGUUAUGACCAGAUCCCCGGGUCUUUCCACCACAAACACAUUUCCACCACAGCUUGGGAUGGACAAGUGCAGCUGUCAGCUGUCCUAUGUCAGUUGCUUCCACAGGCCUGAUGAAGAGGGGGAACAUGAAAACACUAUCCCUAUGCACAGCAUGUCCCCGGGGCCCCUCACCACCCCGCCAUCCACCAUCCACAGUCUUCCUGGUACCCCUGUGGACAGUUACCCACUUGCUACUGCAAGAGACAGGGCAUGGCUGGACCCUCACAUCCAAGCCCUGACCAAGUUGAAGGACCAAGCACGGAUGAGCCCUGUGGAUUUCUCCUGCUUCCUAGCCUACAUCACAGAGCUCCAGGAGGUUGUGGAAAAGCUCUCUGGCAACCAAAGAACCCACCUGCAAGACAGGUGUGCAGAGCACAGCUCUGAGAGCAAGGGUGCGCUUGAAUCAGCCUCUCAGGAGCUGCUGUCCAGUUGCCAGGAGCUUCUGAAAACAGAACGACCCCUUAAGGAGCUGCAGGGGGCAUUAAGAGUGACAUUUGAUGACCUGGUUCAGUUGACAGUGGCCUGUUUCCAGGUGACACACUGUCAGCUGUGCAUGCAGCGGCAGAGUGAGCUUGGGGCCGUGCUCACAGGUGUGGUGGGCAUCUACCACCAGCUGGUGCAGGUUGUUCACCAGCUGCUUGACGGGCAGGGCUGCAAGGAUGUGGGUGCCAAGCUCCUCACCUGCCAGCACACAGCCCUUACAGCUGCUGUGUUUUGUCUCAUGCAGCAGUUCAGCGCACCUCUCUCUUUGUGACAAGGCUUCUUGGUGGUGUACAGAUGUACUGGACAGGGAGGACCCCAGCCAUAUUUCCUGCUGUCCAUCACCAGGUUCUCCCAUAUGGGGUGUUUAGUCCCACAUCUCAGAGAAUGAGCGUGGAAUGAUUUGUCCAUGCUCCACUGCUCACCCCCACCAAGACCAGCUCAGUCCAAGUGUGGUCAUGGAGCAAGGCCCAGCCCCACUCCAACCUAGCUUUUUGUCCAAUGCUGUAAAGACAGUCGUAGUCUAAUAUGCAAGCUUCAGUGGCUCGAGCUCAUGUAUCUUGCCUGGGGCUUGUCCUUUACAUCCUGAACACCUUGCAGGUAGCUAGUCUCAGUAUGUUGUCCUAACCUCCUCCUGUCAUCUGUGGAGAAAGACAGGAGCCCUUAGCAGCUGGCCAGUCCUUCCUUUCACGCCUUACUGACUCUCCAGGCGCAUAGCAGACCAGGCAGACUCUCCAUGUGAGUGAGGUCAACCCCCUCCCCCGCCAACCCUGAUCUGACGCAAAAGGACCCAGGCUGCUUUAUCCACCAUCUCACGGUCACGGAAAUGUCAAGAAUUGUAGCAAAAACCCCUCUGGAAAGAAUUUAUUCUGUAUUUAACUGCUUCUCCUUGCAAGGCAAGAAAAAGAGAGUCGUUCCAGGCUACAGUGCAACGCCGUAUCCCUGUCCUGUUGAAGGUUCUGUAUAGAAGCCAGCUCUGCAAUUUCCUUCUGCUGAUGCUUGAAAGAGUCCCAAAUUAACCCUCCCUCAGCUAUCUAUGGAUUCCUGUCUUCUAAAAAAGGAAAAAGUGAUCCAUAACACUGAAGCGCUGCCUUCAUAGCUGUUAGAGAACAGAUGACCCAUUAUGCCUACCUCCCUAUGAGAAAGCAAGUCUUUUCCCAGCCUUCUUAUUAAUAACUCUUCUUCCCUAAUGUUCUAUAUCCCCAGCUAGAUGUGAGCUGUUUGCCCUUAAACGUCUUCUAGCUGCGCAUCUCUAGUGAAUCAGCAGGCCUUCCAGUGCUGAGAGGCUUUCUAGCACUAAAGAGGGCAGAGGCGGGUACUUGACUUUUGGUGUUUAACUUGGGGCUUUGUUUGGGAGUUGCUGCAGUUCUUUGAGAUAUGUAGGCACCAGGCAAGAAGUCUCGCACUGCUGCCUGUCAGCCCAUGCAGUUGAAUUAUUUAGGAUGGAGAAGUCUGUGUGAGGCAGCAGAGAGGCAAACGGAGGCCCCCCACAUGAGUCAAGCAGAUGGGCCUCUACAAGAGAGCUGGUCAGCUCAACACACACCCCUCCUUCCCAAGCACCUGGACAACACAUAGACAGUAUUUGCCCAUGGUCCCAUGAAGGAGGCCAUGAAGGAGCUGAAGGAGGCCAGCCUCACUUUUGCCUUGUAUUUUAACGCCUGUGGGGGAAGAAAGGUUGAGUCCUUUCAGCUGAGCCCUAACUAAGGACAAGAGAGGCAGCUAGGAGGGAAGAGGCUGGUCUGAAGGAAGGUUGGGGUGCUGUGACAGCUCUAAAGGACCUACCUAACCUGGGAGAAGCUAACAGCCAGGCAAGCAAAUACCCCCAGCAGUUCAGCAGUCCCUUAGCAGCACUACACCAAACCCAUGGCAGGCACCAUUCUCACAGCGUGCCCUGCAGGCAACAAGGCAGCUAACCAAAGGCAAUCUGCUGGUUAAUGGUUGCAUAGGGACAGGGCGUCCAAGGUGUCUUCAGCCACUGGGGAGGAUAGCACUCUGCAAAUUGCUCAUCCCAAGCAGGAUUUCAGAGGAGUUCUUCACUGCCAGCUGGUUUGGGUAAUUGUUUGCUGCUGCCUAGCAAAUUCAAGGGUCUGAAUUAGUAAGUUAAAGCCUCUUACAAUGAAGCCAACUUGCAGACUUUGCUCUGUCAGCUGAACUGCCGUGACCCAUCUAACCACAAACCAAUAGCUGAUCAGCCAAGGGACACAUGGAAUAUGAAGAGGGAGAGCCUGUGUGACAUGGUAAAGCAACACACACCUGCAACCAAUGCGAGCAUACACAAAUUCAGCUUAUGUUGGGAACAACACUCAAUAUAUCCACCAGUAGCUGACAUUCUGUGUUUCAGUCUCAUGGGUAUUAAGACAGUUGAGAGAGGCAAAUGAGUUGAGAGGUAGGGAAAUGAGAGAGAACUUUACCUCAGAAGCCCUUCAAGUACUUCCAGUGGUGACUAGACAUAGUCACUGACCUGGACUUUUUUUUGGCAGCAACAGCUGAGGAAAAAUACCCAGUUAGAUACAGAACAAACACCAAAAAGCUUCCUGCUUUGGUCCUGAAAUAUAUCACUUCUCUUUAGGCAGAACACAGUCAAAUCCCAGAUGUCUACC